AUGCGCUGUCCAUCUUUGUUAAUCGGAAUCGGCCUAUUGGUCAAUUUCGUGCCUCUAGCAAUAGCGGCACCUGCCUUGGACUUGAACAACAUCGACCAGUUGAAGAAAGCGGCAUCCGCAGCAAUGAAUAAUCUCAUGUCUUACUACAGCCCCAAUUUUAGAGGAGCCUUUGACACGGACGUGACGCCAUGGCACGAAUCUCUAAUGAUCUGGAGUCUGAAUUUUGAUUACGCCAGCUAUGUGGGAGAUGCCCAUCACUUGGGCACCGUCCAGAAUGCGCUGUAUCGACAGUCUAAUAAUCAGUCACAUUCUUUCAUCGUCAAUGUUCCUCAACAAUGGAAUGACGAUGCCCUCUGGGGAGCUCAAGUACCUGUGGCUGCUGCUGAAUACUUUGGACCACAGACCAAGCUACCUAAAUCAAGUGAGACCUGGAUACAUCUUGCCCAGAAAACAUUGAGACAAGUCGAACCUCAGACAAACCAGUCAUGUGGAGGCGGCCUAUUUUGGUACCGAACCAGAUCAGAUCCUGAUAGAGGAAGCUACAAGGCAUUGAUCACCAAUUCGGAAUUCAUUUCAGUAGCAGCUCGAGGCUAUUUAAUAACAAAAGACAAGAAUGCCUUGGAAUAUGCAAAAACAAUCAUUGAAUGGGUGAUCGGGACCUCCUCAGGUCUAGCAGAUGUUAAGACUGGAAGGUUACAGGAUGGAUUGAAAGCCACAAAGGAAAGCUGUACAAUCACCCCGGACGAAUGGUCCUAUAACUAUGGCCAGUGGUUAGGCUCCCUUGCUUGGAUGCAUAGAGCAACUGGGGAUCAAAAGUAUCUCGAUAUGGCAUCACCAUUUUUCUAUCGCUCCUUGAAGGUCUUUGCCCCCUCCGGUGUCAUUGCAGAGCUGUGCGAGCCUGAUUCAUGCAAGCGUGACCCAAAAGGUUUCAAGGCCAUCUACGUGCGAAACCUUGUCUACCUCCACCAAGAAACCAAUGAUCAAGCCCUGAAGAAAGACAUUCAGAACGUCAUCGAUACAUCAGUGAAAGCUAUGGUCAAAACGUCGUGUGAUGCGGAUUUCAAUUGCGCCGCCGCUUGGGCUGCAGGUCGCCCACCAGAGAAAAAUGUGCGCUCGCAACAUGUGAGCGCAGCUUUGUUGGUAUCAGCUGUAGGUAUUCAUCGACCUCCCGCUAAAGCUGGCCGAGGGAAUUAA